GGGGGGUCGUCGUCGGAUCGGUGUUACUACGUGCGUCGAUCGCCGGUCUCCCUGCACCCGAUGAAGGCUGUCCGUGGUCGGCCGGCGCGCUCACGUUAAAUGAGGAAUGCGGCUCCGUUGUUCCCGCUGCUGCUGCUGCUGACGGUGCUGUGGAGGAUCGCCGCCCCGCUGCUGCUGUACGCUCUGCACGCGCCGCUGCUGCUGAGACUAGCCACGGCCACGCUGCUGCUACCGGUCCAUGGCGCCGACGAAGCGCAGCCACUGGGUGCACAAUGCUCCGGGGCGUUCGAGUGCCAGAACCCGGAAAUGGUGCAUUGCAUGGAUGGAAUCUGCGCCUGCCGCUACGGACACCACAGCCCGUACCUCUGCAAGGAAGCGCCAGUGACGCACAAACCUGGCAAGGAGGAAGACGGAUGGCCAGCGGUAGCCGAGUGCCAGACGGACCACCAAUGCCACCGCGGUUACUGCUGGCGCGGCACCUGCUCGUGCAAGGACGGCUUCGUCAAAGAGCGAAGCUUUUCCGGAAGCUGGAGCUGCGUCCACAGGACAUCUUCCUUCGGGUUCGGAAUCCUCGCUGUGAUCCCCGUGACCGUGGUGGUACUCUGCCUCGUCGCCUGUUGUGUACAAGUUGCUCUGCGCAAGCAACAACAGAUGCCCUCCAACGCCGCUGCAGCACAGCCCGAGGUCGGACGAGACGACGCCGACAUGUCGGCUGGAGUGAGCAAUAUCUACAGACAGAGACGAUAUUUUCCGCACUACGUAGAAAGUCCUAAGCCCCACGCGGCACACGAGGCAGCGCCAACCGCGUCCUGCACCAUAGAACUGAAGCCAGUCGAAGCCAAGGAAACUGCGCCAGACAUCGAGGAAGCCGGAAGCUCUGCAAACAACACCAUCCAAUCACCGCAGGCCUAGCGAUGACGCAAGCAGUUUCUGUUCGUCAAGUGUCGCGAAAACAUUGUGCAGUUCUGUUCUCGUCAGUGCUGUUUGAAAGGAAAACGCAGCAAACGAUAAUCAAGUCGCUAGUGUCGUCUGCUACUUCUGCUUUCACUUUUGCGUUUGACAAAGUGGAUAACUUUAGGCCGUACACUUCAGCAGACAACAAUCGCUAAUUGUUCUGAAGUGAUAUAGCCUACGCUAUUGUGGCAUUGCGGUUACAAAAGUCAUCUCGCCAGAGCACAGACGACUUAGGUCUGAAGCAAUACGGCACCGCAAUAGUUGAACCACCACUCAGGAAUCUUUCGACGCCACUUCCACACACUUUCUUCAUUUUCUGUGUUAAUUUUCUUUUACCUGUUCACAUCGCAGGGUUUCUUUUUUAAACACCAGUAAGUUAUAUGACACAUAAUACUGAUUUACUUGUUGCAGAAUUUUGAAUAUUUUUUCGUAAUGAGAUGUUCCUUUAUUUCGUUUUGUAUUCUAAGCACUUUAAUGUUUCUGACGCGGUGAGAACGUUAGUGUCGUAGGACUCGGAAAUGCGUACGCAAGGUAGAGACUACUUCAUGUUGUAAAGAAAUACGUAAUUCACCAGGAAGCAGCGGGAUAAUGCAAAGCUGGUCCCACGUAUUGUUACUUUCGUAUAUGCAGAUUCAUUCAGUGAGCUAGCCGACCCGCCAACCAAACGGGACUAAGUUCGAGGAAUAAGAAAAACAAGAAGAUUGAUUGAAAUUUGUUCAUAGUACCACUGCCAUCCCGUAACGCAGAUGACACAUGGCAAGAUUGGAUACUAAAAGUACAAAAAAAAGCUAACAAAAAGCCCUAAUAUAUAUGCCAUAGUCAUAAUCCGUGUUGUGUGUGUCUUAGUCCUCGUUUUUCGCGCUGCUGGGGCGGUAUUCUGUAAGAGUCCAAUUAAUGGACUGUCCAUUUCGGCUGUCGCUGAUUGGCUGCUGCUUCACGUGCAGAAAAGUGCAAGCCAGUCUCCUUCCUGCACGUGAAGCAGCAGCCAAUCAGCGACAGCCGAAAUGGACAGUCCACUAAUUGGACUCUUAUAGAAUACCUUCCCUGGACUGUGGUCGGCACAUUGGACUGUGGUCGAUAAAUAACGCUUAAAAUCUCAUUUGCUAACAGUUUCGAGAG